UGUUGGAAAGGCAUUCUGCGUCAGGAUCUGACAUGUGAGAUGCCUUGUCUUCCUUCCUAGAUUCUUGUAAGAAAAUUUUCAAAAAAUGGAGAAAAAGAUUUCUUAAGACUCGUCGUGCUGCAACUCCUGAAAUCUCGAAGCCAGAGUCUGACUCCUCACUCUCUGACAUGUCUACUCAGCUUUUUUCCGCCAUGAAACGACGAACCUCGAUCAACACUCCCCGAUGUCUCUUUGAGAUUCGCCAUCUUACCCUUCCCCCCCGCCCCCCCCAACCAUGGUGUCUUCUCAUUUCAUCCACCGCCAUAACCGCCGUUUCCGCCGCCGACGAUGGCUGCCCCCACUCCCCGCGUUCUCUCGAAGCUUCUCCAAAACGCCACCGGAAACGUGGCGGCGUCAUCGUCUCCGCCGACGGUUUCUUCCCCUCACCGGUUCCCUCUCCUCCAGGUCACCGAGAUCGUCCCCUGCCUCGCCGACGACCAGUGGCGGAGCGACGGUUUCUUCCUCAAGGUCUCCGAUUCUCUCCACGCCGCGUACGUCGCCGUUUGCGCCGGCGACGACGCCGACCUGAUUCGCUCAGACGAGAUCCAGUUAGGGCAACUGGUGUACGUCCGAGGAGGUUUCCACGUCGAGAAUGGUUGUCCGGUUCCGGUCAUCCGCGGGUUGAAGCCCGUGCCGAAACGGCGGCCGUGUUUCGGAAACCCUAGCGAUCUGGUUUCGAGCGAUGUGCUGGUUCCUUUUACUCAGGUCUCGACAUUAGAUGAUUCGAAGAAGAAGACGAGGAAGAAGAAGAAUGGCGUGGAGACGAAGAGACUGGGUUUGGAUUCUCCGAGGAAGGGUUGGGACCAGACUCCUCCAUCGCCUCUCCGACGUGACGCCCUUUUGCUUUCUAGUUCUUCCCCGCGUCUCAGGAACAAACUGUUCUUGUCUGAUAAGAAGGCUUCACCAAAGAACGAUUCCCCUUCAAGGCAACUGAGUUCUGAUACAGCUGCUUUGAAAACCAGAAACGAGUUCAUGCCGCCAAAAUCUGUGUCCAAAACUCCAAAACACAGUAUCAAGUCAUCGUCCAAACCUGUAGUUCCUGUUGCUCUCUUUAAGUUUCCUCUGUCUGAUCGUAGAAUCUUGUGGAGUGGAUGCCCAUCAACCAUUCGAACGCUCGGAAAGGAAGUUUCGUCUUGUAAGAACAUCGCAUUCACGGCUGCAGUAACCGCGCUGGAGGAUGCAUCUGCCGCACAGUCUCUUCUAAACUGUUUGCUGGCAUUUGGAGAAUUGUCCGGGUCCUCUCAGAAAAUGUCUGCCGGAGAAUUGGUGCACCGAUUCUUGGACCUCUACCACAUUAUGCAGGACAUAGCAGCAGCUGCCCAUCCCUUGCUUAAUAACUCUAGUUCUCCCGGCUCGAUAUCCAGCAAACAUUCCGGAUCUCGUGACAAUCACAUUGGAUUUUGUACAUCGACGGGUAAAAAGAAUGCAGCAUCAUGGGUACAAGCUGCUGUAUCGAGCGACCUAUCAAGGUUCAGCCUUUUCAAAGAGGCAGCUGCUGCCGGAGAAGAUCAUCAUCACGGCUACAUUUUGGUGGAAAACUCGUCGGGAAAAAGAAAUCCCGAGGAUUUUACUCGGGGAAGCAAGAAAAGCCCGAGAAAUCCGGCGAAAAAGAGUGUCGGGUCGCCUCCUAUGAAAGGUUGUCCGGCUGGUAACAGAAGGAAAGCAUCCACGGCUUUAGCAGAGGAGUUACUCUUAGUGUCUCGUCAAUGGUUCUUGAAGUACUUGGAGGAUUCGCUGAACAGAGGGUUCUUCUUGAUGAACAAGGAAGACGCAAAUGGAAAUGGGAAUGCAUCUCUUCUGAUUCAGCUUAAGAAAGCAAAUCAAUGGCUGGAUGAUCUGAUCGUGAACAGAAUGGAGGAUACAGGCAAGAAGAUUGAAGAUCUGAGAGAGAAGCUGCAACGGUUUCUUCUCGAUCGUGUCGAGGCUUCCAUCUCGCAAAUCCGAUCACGUUCAUAACCAUUUCAUGGCUCGCCGGAACAAAAAUGGAACUGCCGUAUUUUGGUGUAUCUGAUUCAGACGAUGAUAGAUCUCAUCUGAACAUGGUUUCAUGAGUUUUGUUGACAGGAAGUGUCCUUGUCCGAACCGGUCUGCUGCUUCUUUGCAACCGUACUUCCGUAAUAGAUUUGGUCAAAUACCCUCUCUUUUUUUUUUAAAAAAAAAAUCCAAUUUAGUAAAAUAGCAUCUUUACAAAACAAUUUAUAAACUGUUUCUAUUUCGUAAU